AUGGUGGAGGUGGACCUGGAUGGAAGGCUUCACAGGAUCAACAUCACCGACCCUCUGCCAGUCAUCACAGAGGAUGAGAUGAUGGCUCAGGACAUUGUUGAGUGCAACAGUAACAAAGAGAACAGCGAACAAACCCAGAGCAGAGCCAGACCAGGGCGCAAACCUCCCAACCCAAAGGGCCGCAGGAGGGAAAGCAAAACCUCAUCUCACCUGAGCCGACGUUCUGGCAGUCAGCAGCACAUGCAAAGCCAAACCAAUCCCUCCCAGCACCCUUCUCACCAAAGCCCUCUCCCUGAGCCCACCUUCCGUGUGCUUGACUCCCUGUGUCCUUCAGACGCACCUCCCCUCCCUGCGGCCUACUACCGGUUUAUAGAGAAGUCAGGAGAGGAGCAGGACUGUGAGGCAGAGUACGACAUGGACGAGGAGGACCUGGCCUGGCUGGAGAUGGUCAACCAGAAGAGGGUGUCUGAUGGCCACGCCUCCAUCACCCCGGACACCUUUGAGCUGCUGAUCGACCGUCUGGAGAGGGAGUCCAUCCUGGAGUCACGGAGCCAGGCCCUGUCCCAGAGUGCCAUCGACGAGGACGCCUUCUGCUGCGUGUGCCUGGACGACGAGUGUCUCAACAGCAACGUCAUCCUGUUCUGUGACAUCUGCAACCUUGCCGUCCACCAGGAGUGCUACGGCGUGCCCUAUAUCCCUGAGGGCCAGUGGCUGUGCCGCUGCUGUCUGCAGUCCCCCUCGCGCCCUGUGGACUGUGUGCUCUGCCCCAACCGGGGAGGUGCCUUCAAACAGACUAGUGAUGGACGCUGGGCCCAUGUAGUCUGUGCCAUAUGGAUCCCCGAGGUGUGCUUUGCCAACACAGUGUUCCUGGAGCCCGUAGAGGGGGUGAACAACAUCCCCCCAGCCCGCUGGAAGCUCACCUGCCACCUGUGCAAGCAGAAAGGCUGGGGCGCGUCCAUCCAGUGCCAUAAGGCCAACUGCUACCGGGCCUUCCAUGUCACCUGUGCCCAGAAGGCUGGCCUCUUCAUGAAGAUUGACCCGGUUCGAGAGACUGGGGUCAACGGAACCACCUUCUCUGUAAAGAAAACGGCCUUCUGUGAGAAUCACUCCCCGGUCGGCUCAAGGCGAGAUGGGUCAGCUGAUGUGGAGGGGAGGCUGGUGGGAGGAAGGGGGAACAGAGGUCAAAGGUCAUACACUCAGAGCCCCCCAGCACUGCCCAGUAAAAAGACUCCCAAGGGCCAGAAGAAGAAGAAGGGUCAGACGACCCGCCGCGCUGCUGUGCCUGUGCUGCUGGUGCCUCAGAUCCCUUCUCACAGGUCAGACCUCCCACACCCCUCUACUGACCCACCACUCCCAGUAGCAUUAUUCUCUUUGUCUUCUUACUACCGGUAUAUUUGCUUUGAGUAUUCUUCAGUUUAGAGAGCACAUUUCUAUAGCCUAAUAAUAAUGUAUGUUUAAUGGAACAGUACAGCUGCCUUAUACUAACUAUUAAUACACUAUCUAUACAGUGGGAGGAUGCCAGAAUAUGAAUAACAGUUAUUGCAAUGUCAUAAACAGGCUGAACAAGAUUUGCAUUGGGGUUGCUGUCCAGAGGAAGAACCAGUUCAUGCAGAGGCUUCACAACUACUGGCUGCUGAAACGUCAGUCCCGAAAUGGCAUGCCUCUCAUCCGCCGCCUGCACUCACAUCUGCAGGCUCACAAGACUGCUGAGCAGGUCAGGAAAACACGGGGAGGGAAAGACUUAAUGUCAAUUAUAGAGCUCAUGUUGAUAGUGAAAUGUAAAUUGUGUGUGUGCAUGUGUUCAGAGGGAGCCUGAUGAGAAGCUUACUGCGGCGAGGGAGGAGCUACGGUACUGGCAGAAGUUGCGGCAGGACCUGGAGAGAGCCCGACUUCUGGUGGAACUCAUCCGCAAGAGAGAGAGACUAAAGAGAGAGCAGGUACUGUGUCAGUUGGGGGAGGCCAUGAUUAUUAUUAUUAUUAUUUUACAUAAUCAUGAGUUACCAUUUGCAUAUAACGUAUGAAAAUAAUGCAUUUCUACAAUCACUGUAUCUGUCUUAUUGCUUUCCUUAAAUUACUCUGCACCCUUUCAUAUUCCCUCUUUCUCUCCCCCUCCCUCUUUCAUUCUCCCUCCAGAUGAAACUUCAUCAGGCUGCUCUGGAGCUGAAGUUGACCCCUGCAUUAAUACUGCUGCGUUCCACCCUGGACCAGCUUCAGGAGAAGGACACGGCACAGAUCUUCUCUCAGCCUGUGAAUCUAGCAGAGGUUAGUAGAGUUAGAUAAAUUUGUAUUUUUUUGCAUUGCUUUACAAUUCAGCCUCUAGCAAUGCUUUUCUCAUCUGCUUCUUUCUUGAAUAGUUUGUUCAUUUGUAUGUUUUUAAUUGAAGGUCCCGGACUAUCUGGAGUUCAUCUCCAAGCCCAUGGACUUGUCCAGUAUGCGUGCCAAACUGGAGGCCCAUGCUUACUGCUCCAUUGCAGACCUGGAGGGCGACUUCAACCUCAUGGUGUCCAACUGCCUGAGGUACAACUCAAAGGAGACCGCGUUCCACCGAGCUGCCCUGCACCUGCGGGAGGUGGGAGGGGCCGUCCUCCGCCAUGCCCACAGACAGGCCCAGAGCAUCGGGUUGGAUCCCAGCACGGGCAUGCACCUCCCAGACUUUCCCAACAUGCACGGCUUCUACCAAUGCACCUGGGAGGACGGUGAGCAUAGCUCACGGGUUGGGUUGGUCGUGGAAUGGCGUUCAGAGAAAAAAGCUUCACAAUCAUAACCCUCUUCUUUAUCCUAUAUUUAGUCUCUUUUCCUUCCUUUCUCUACAGUGGACUCUCUCCUGGACCCAGACAACAGGCUCCACCUAUCCACAGAGGAGCAGCUGAAGGUCCUGCUGGAUAAGUUGGACAUGGUGACGUCCAUGCACUCCAGUGGCGGGAGAACCAAACGCAUCCGGCUGUUGCGCAGAGAGAUCAACACGGUCAGGCACAAGCAGCAGCGCUCACAGUCGCUCAACGGGAAAGAAGAAGAAGUCGAAGUCGAGGAAGAGGGGGAAGAAGAAAAGGGAGAGAAAGGCAAUGUGGAGAACGGUCCUUUAACAUCAGCCUCUACCCCGGAGACAGGUAAGAGAAGGGAUUUACUUUCAUUGUUGCUUUCCAACUCUACUAAUCUUUCUAGAAUUAAUGUGUUAGUCUAAUUAUUGAUUUGUUGUUGUGCAAUUCUGAUUUUAUUACCCUAAAGCAAGGGUUCCCAAACUGUGGUGCGCGCCUGCUAGGCUGGGGGGGCGCGGGGGUCUCCCCCCAAGGUGCAAUUUCUAAAUUGGGUAGUACAUCAUCAGUUACUCUUGUCAUGUCAGUCAGUUAUAACUUGUCAAAUGUCCAGAUCAACUAGCCCAAGUCAGCUAACGUUUUUUAGCACAUAGAUUUUGUUGUAAUGUUUUAGUCACUCAAAUAUCACAUGAAUAAACAUUAGACAUGGAAACAUUUAUAGAAUUGCAAGAACAUUUGCUUUAAAAUGGCAACAUUUUCUCUGCACCCCAUGACAAAAUGUGUAGAAUUGCAGGAAAUAAGCUUUAAACCUGCAACAUUUUAUCUUCGCCAACAAGAGGGGUGUGAACAGUUUGUGUCAUGAACAGUGCUUGUGCCCACAGAAAUAGAUGUGGCGCGAGCGCGCAGGGGGUUGCGGGAUGUUCCCCAAUGCUGGAAGUGGGGCCUGAGUGAAAAGUAUGGGAACCUCUGCCCUAAAGCAUGAAACACACAGAGAAUCUCACUGCCGAUAGACUGCCAAUAGGUACUUAUCACAGCGGGAGGCCAUUCCUUCUCUUGCUAGAAAAAAAGCGUUACCUGCCGCGUGCGGAUCCGGUAGCGACAAACCUACCGAUUCUACUUGUAGAAUAGCAAUGCUCGUCAGUGGCCAACCACUUUGAGCCAAUCAGAGAGCACAAACUCCCACGUGGGGAGGCAAAAAUAUAUAUAAUGAUAAAUGAGGUCAUUUCUCCAUACACACUUCAUAUGCAAUAUAGGCCAUGGGAUGGUAGCUAGCUAAGUGCACAGACUCAAUGCACACAACACUAAAUACUUCCUCCAAGCUAGUUAACCACUGCACCUAGUAUUGACAUUAUAUUUAAAUCACAAUUGAUUAGCUAGUUUCCAUGAAACAGCUGUCUGUGUUAGCUGCCGAGUUAGUGCAGUGUCCUUAUCUAGCUAGCUAUGCUGUGCUAGUGAAUAUUCUAACGUUAGCUAGCUAACUAAACAUUUGACUAUGGGCUGACACUGGCAGCAUGGGAUUAUGCAGAGAGAAUUAAAUUAUUUAUUCAUCAUCUUGCUAGGUAGUUAUCUAGCUGUGGCCAUCUGGAUAGUAUCAACAAGGGCUUUCUACAAAAUAGCAACAUUAGCAGAGAUGGCUUGGAAUCUAGACCAUAAGCAAUAAACACGGAUAUGCAUUGCCAAGCAACGCUACUGCCACCUUCUGGUUUGGAGUAUUUUAACAAGGCUGAGUGGCUGACGACUUCCAAUGUAUGAAAAUAAAUAAAUAUGUAUGCACUCACUAACUGUAAGUCGCUCUGGAUAAGAGCGUCUGCUAAAUGACUAAAAUGUAAAUGUAAUGACUUUGCUGUGUGAACACAAAAGAGAUUGACAGCCGACACUGUUCAGAGGUGCUAGGUACUGUCGGCAGGCAAACAAUUGACAAUCCUACCGGUGUGUCUGAGCUUUAACAAAGUGAUAAAUGCAUGUUUCCUUCUGGUAGAUGACCCUCCACCAACACUAGAGCCUUCAUGCCCAGUGUCAUCCCCCCUGCCAGGCGAUGCCCCACCUGAACCACCCUUUCUGGGCCUAGUGACCACAGGGCGAAGGUCACCAGGGCGCUCCUACAAGCGGCAGAGAACCUCCCGUAGUGGGGGCAACGGGCGGAGUGAUGAUGAUGCUGAAGUUGGGGAGACACCGACACCGUGCAAACAGGAGGAGGCUUCUCAAGAGGUCUCUCCUUUGGAGACUCCCAGUCCUCCCAAUAACGCCUGUCCUUUGGUUGGAGUUGGCCGUCGUACAUCCGUUCUGUUCAAGAAAGCUAAAAAUGGAGCAAGACUCGCAAAGAACAAGGCGGCUCAGUUACAGAACGGAGGGACCACUGAGGGUAAAACCAAUGGCUUGGACCAUACCCCCACCAUUCCAAAACCUCCCAGUGUGACCACCCUCUCCAACCCCGCCCCUCCGCCCACACACUCCUCACCGUCAUCCCACAACCUGAGGUCCAGAGGGUCCAGCUCUGACAGCGAGGGAGAAAAGCCCCUCCACCUCGUCAAAGAGGACGGUACAAAACAUUUAAUUUACAUUUGCUCUGUCAUUUCAUUCAAGCUCUAUGUGAUUGUAUUAACAAGUUAUUACUUGUUAUAAAGGAAAACAAUUAUUUACCCUUUAUUUAUGAGUUGCAUAAGGGAAGAGAGGGUAGAUAAUGACGAAGAUAUCAAUUAACAGAAUGUGUAUUCUACUAGGCUUGACAAAUGGGCUAGGAAAGCACAAAGAUGACUCCUCAGACCUACCAUCCAAUGACCAAAAACACAGGUGAGAAUCCCUCUAAACACCUGAUACAUCUGAAAUGUGCUCUGAUUUUCAAGGUGGAAUAUAUUCAGAAAUAACAUGGAUCUUCCCUUUGUUCUGUCUAUGGAUGUAGUGCCCCCCUGCUACCCAAACGCAGCCGUGGUAAACCAGCUCUGGCUAAAGUCCCCGAGAGGCAGAAUGGAGGCUCAGGUGAGUGUGUCCAGGCACCACAUACCUUAGGGUCAGACAUAAUAGCUAUAAUUUCACGAAUAUGGAUGUAUACAAUAUACAGUCGGGUCAAAGAUUAUUGGCACCCUUGAUAAAGAUGAGCAAAAAAGACUGUAUAAAAUAAAGAAUACAAAUACCAAACUAUAUUGUAUGCUCAAUUUUUUAAAUUAUUAUAUUAUUUUAUACUAAUACAAUUGCUCAGAGAAAGAGGUUAACAAAUAAUAUUUUUUUUCUCUCAAAAAGAUAGGGUUCAAAAUGAUUGCCACCACUAAAGAGUGUUAUAAAUAAAAACAAACAAAAUUUAAAAUGCAUUAACAUUCUACUUUUGUUUAUUUAAUCUCAAUUUAAGGAACUGUAUUGUGGCCUUCCAUGGCUUCCUGUUUCACUGGGUUAUAAAAAUGAGGUAACACGCAUGUACAACCAUCACCAUGUUGGUUGGCCUUCAUAAAUCAGGCAAUGGUUACAAAAAAAUUGCAAAAAAACAAUAAUACCUGCCCUUGACAACCAACUUCUCCUUUUGAAAAUGGCCUAUGUUUGAUCUAAAUGAGUCAAAAACAUUUAUUAUAGUUUCAAAAUUGAGUACAAUGUUUAAAUAGGAUAAUUUUGGUCAUAAUGUUGGUCUCGUCCAAAACUGAGUUUGGUAAGUGACUGCAUCAUGAUUUAGUUGAGGGUUUGGUUUGGAUUACAAUUAUGUCAACAAUUCAUGCCCCUUUUGCCUAUAAAGACGGUGGCGGCACCGUGUUUUCUGGGAAAGUCUAGGCGAGUUCGCUUUGCAUGGCCCGGUGCCCUGGGCGGGUGGAGACCUCAUUUUAGGCAGACCAAUGGAAUGGUCGAAAAUGAGCAGGCACCAGGCCAUGCAAAACAAAUUUUCCAGAUAACACGUGUAUCUUUGGCAGUAGGUUGAUGUGCAAUGCUCAUGCCCAACCAUGCCCGCAACGUUUAGGCCCUACCCUACCCAGGCCCGAUUACUUCUGCCAAAUUUAAGCCCGAAAUCAGAAAUAACUUCCUCCGUAAGUAAAUCCAUUAGCUGCUCAUCGCUGUCUGUCACUCGCUCCCUGCGUGCAAUGCGCUCUGCUCUUGGUGCUCAGAGUCUGAGUAUCCAUAGCAAUGUUUUUGCUUGGGCUGCUCUGCUCAAUGAAGAGAUGAGAGAGUAGUUAGCUGUAGCUACUUAUCGUCAUUCUAAACUCUGACAAAACUCAAGGAACAUCUCUCCAUCUCUCCUGUCUUAUAUACUUCUGACACUGUGUUAUGAUCUUAGUCAGAGCACGAGCAAAUGGCUCAGCUUCAAAUUGUUAUUUGAUCAAUUUAGUGAUGCCUUGCCCGUACCCAAGUUAUUGAUGAAAAAAAACAGCACUUACCCGGCCCUAACCCGACGCAUAAUGUUGGGGCCUGUCGGGCUCGGGUUGGAUAGCAGAGCUCUAAUGCACAUAUUGAUCAGGAAAUAGCUACUCUAGUGAAAAUGGGCUUCCGUAAAAGUUGUUCAACAAUCAGAUGGCCAGGAAAGGUAUUACAGCCAAUGCUAGCUAUCCCCCAAGCUAUGCUAACUAGCUGCUGUCAGCUUGACUAAACACAAGGUCAGCGCCGGCUUUACUUUCUAUUCGCCUCUUCCUCUCUACUUUAGCCCACACAUAUAACUGAAUUAACCCAUGUUUGUUGUGAUUGAAUGGCAAAGGCACACCCAAGAAACACCCACAUGAAACCACAACCCGAAGACAAUUCUCGAUCGCUUUCAGUAAUGGCCACUUGCAUUUCAUAAUGAGCAUUGAUGAAAAACGAGGCCAAAUCAGGAAGUGCAGUUCUACUUUAAGAAGUUUAAAACCACUGGAACAGUGAUAAACUUGCCUGGUAUUGGACAUGUAUGUAUCUUGUACCCGCGCAGUGUGGAAGAUGGUUCGCGAGGCAAAGAAACGUGCAAGGGCCACAGUUGGAGAAAUAUACUUUGUCGCCAAAUCUAGCAUUAGACGCCACUUCCAUAUCAAUAGGCUCUUUGGAAGGGUUGCCAGAAAAAACCUUGUUGCCUCUGCCAGGAGGCUAAAACUUAGCAGCAAGUGGACCUUCCAGCAAGACAAUAACCCCUAGUACACAUCAAAUUCCACAAAGAAAUGGCCAAUUGACCACAAAAUAAAAAGGAUCAAGGAUUUGGAAUGAUUCUGUAUGAAAGACCUCGCAAGGGGAGUUUUGCAGAGUAUUGAAAACGGGUGCCAAUUUUGACCCCUAUCUUUUUUAAAUUAUUUUUUGUAUUACUUGUUAAACAAAAUCUCUUUCUCUGAGCAAUCGUAUUAUUAGUAUAAAAUAAUAUCAUUUUCCAAAAAUUGUAUUUGUAUUAUUUAUUUUAGUAUUUUUUGCUCAUCUUUAUCAAGGAUGCCAAUAAUUUUGGACCUGACUACAUUUGAGAAAAUUCUAUAAAAUUAUAGAAUUCAUUAUAUAAAAUAAUUGUUCCAUUUCAAUUUGAGUUAAACAUCCCACGUCUUUGUCCUCAGGGAGGAGUAUGCUUUUGCCCUUUGAUAGUGAGACAGAGCUCACACCACUGGACCUGGUCUGGGCUAAGUGUCGUGGAUAUCCAUCAUACCCAGCAAUGGUGAGAGAACAUGAGUUCUGUCACUCAUUCAUUGGAUGUACAUACAGUGCCUUCAGAAGUAUUCACACCUCUUGACUUUUUCCACAUAUUGUUGUGUUACAGACUCAAUUAAAAAUGUAUUACAUUUACAUUUAAUGUCACUGAUCUACACACAAUAUCCCAUAAUGUCAAAGUGGAAUUAUGUUUAGAGAAUUUUUUACAAAUUAAUAAAAAAUGAAAAGCUGACAUGUCUUGAGUCAAUAACAUUUUACAUUUUAGUCAUUUAGCAGACGCUCUUAUCCAGAGCGACUUACAGGAGCAAUUAGGGUUAAGUGCCUUGCUCAAGGGCACAUCGACAGAUUUUUCACCUAGUCGCCUCGGGGAUUAGAACCAGCGACCUUUCGGUUACUGGCACAACGCUCUUAACCACUAAGCUACCUGCCGUAUUCAACCCCUUUGUUAAGGCAAGCCUAAAUAAUUAAAGGAGUAAAAAUGUGCUUAACAAUACUUUUUCGACAUUUUGUUACGUUACAGGCUUAUUCUAAAAUGGAUUAAAUAGUUUUUUCCCUCAUCAAUCUACACACACUACCUCAUAAUGACAAAGCAAAAACAGUUUUCUCUAAAUGUUUGCAAAUUUAUAAAAAAUAAAAAACUAUCACAUUUUACAUAAGUAUUCAGACCCUUUACUCAAUACUUGGUUGAAGCACAUUUGGCAGCGAUUACAGCCUCGAGUCUUCUUGGGUAUGAUGCUACAAGCUUGGCACACCUGUAUUUGGGGAGUUUCUCCUGUUCUUCUCUGCAGAUCCUCUCAAGUUCGGGCUCUGGCUGGGCCACUCAAGGACCUUCAGAGACUUGUCCCGAAGCCACUCCUGUGUUGUCUUGGCUGUGUGCUUAGGGUCGUUGUCCUGUUGGAAGGUGAACCUUCACCCCAGUCUGAGGUCCUGAGCGCUCUGGAGCAGGUUUUCAUUAAGGAUCUCUCUGUACUUUGCGCUGUUAAUCUUUUCCUCAAUCCUUACUAGUCUCUCAGUCCCUGCCGCUGAAACACAUCCCCACAGCAUGAUGCUGCCACCACCAUGCUUCACCGUACGGAUGGUGCCAUGUUACCUCCAGAAGUUACGCUUGGCAUUCAGGCCAAAGAGUUCAAUCUUGGUUUCAUCAGACCAGAGAAUCUUGUUUCUCAUGGUCUGAGAGUCUUUAGGUGCCUUUUGGCAAACUCCAAGCGGGCUGUCAUGUACCUUUUUAAUGAGGGGUGGCCAUAAAGGUCUGAUUGGUGGAGUGCUGCAGAGAUGGUUGUCCUUCUGGAAGGUUCUCCCAUCUCCACAGAGGAACUCUGGAGCUCUGUCAGAGUGAUCAUCGGGUUCUUGAUCACCUCCCUGACCAAGGCCCUUCUCCCCCGAUUGCUCAGUUUGGCAGGGCGGCCAGCUCUAUGAAGAUUCUUGGUCGUUCCAAACUUCUUCCAUUUAAGAAUGAUGGAGGCCACUGUGUUCUUGGGGACCUUCAAUGCUGGAGAAAUGUUUUGGUACCCUUCCCCAGAUCUGUGCCUCGACACAAUCCUGUCUCAGAGCUCUAUGGACAAUUCCCUCGACCUCAUGGCUUGGUUUUUGCUCUGACAUUCACUGUCACUGUCUCAUAGCAAAGGGUCUGAAUACUUAUAUAAAUAAGGUAUUUAUGUUUUUUAUUUUUAAUACAUUUGCAGACAUUUCAAAAAAAUUGUUUUCGCUUUGUCAUUAUGGGUUAUUGUGUGUAGAUGGCUGAGAAAUAAAUAAUAUUUAAUCCAUUUUAAUAAGGCUGUAACUCAACAGAAUGUGGAAAAAGUCAAGGGGCCUGAAUACAUUCCGAAGUUGCAUGGACUCACUUUGUGCAAUAAUGGUGUUUUAACAGGAUUUUUGAAUGACUACCCCGUCUCUGUACCCCCCACAUUACAAUUAUCUGUAAGUUUACAUUUACAUUUUAGUUCUCUCAAGCAGUGAAUUUGAAGCACAGAUUAAACUACAAAGACCAGGGAGGUUUUUUCAACGGCUCGCGAAGAAGGGCACCUAUUGGUAGAUGGGUAAAAAAAAAAAAAAAGUAGGCAUUGAAUAUCCCUUUGAGCAUGGUGAAGUUAUUAAUUACACUUUGGAUGGUGUAUCAAUACACCCAGUCACUACAAAGAUCCAGGCGUCCUUCUGAAUUCAAUUGACAGAGAGGAAGGAAAACGCUCAGUGAUUUCACCAUGGUGAUUUUAAACCAGUUACAGAGUUAUUAAAUGUCUGUGAUCGGAAAACUGAGGAUGGCUCAAAAAGAUUGUAGUUACUCCACAAUACUAACCUAACUGACGGAGUGAAAAGGACAGAAUACAGAAUAAAAAUCUUCCAAAACAUCCUGUUUGCAAUAAGGCACUGAAGUAAUACUGCCAGAAAUGUGGCAAAGACAUUAACCUUUUGUCCUGAAUAGAAAGCAUUAUGUUUGGGGCAAAUCCAACACAACACAUCAAUGAGUUCCACUCUCCAUAUUUUAAAGCAUGGUGGUGGCUCCAAGCAUGGUGGUGGCUCCAUCUUGUUAUGGAUAUGCUUGUCAUCAGCAAGGACAAGGGAGUUUUUUUAGGAUAAAAAUAAAAGGAAUAGAACUAAGAACAGGCAAAGUCCUAGUGGAAAACCUGGUCUGCUUCCAACAGACACUGUACAUUUUUCUUCCACUCUGACAUUAGAGUAUUUUGUGUAGAUCGUUGUCAAAAUAUGACAAUUAAAUACAUUUUAAUCCUACUUUGUCACACAACAAAAUGUGGAAAAAGUCAAGGGGUGUGAACACUUUCAGAAGGCACUGCAAUAGAGGCUUGGCUUGAUUUUCAAGAGUUUUUGGGUUGGCACAUGUAAUGGUUGACAAGUUACCUUCUUUUAGAUGUAGUUGAAUUUGACUUUACCAGUCGUUGUAGCACAGAGAGUAACAGGAUACAUAAACUACCAAUGGAUUUCCCCAGGUUGUUGACCCUGACAUGCCUCAGGAAGGGCUUCUUCACAACGGCAUCCCCAUCCCCGUGCCUCCUGGGGACGUGCUCAAACUGGGGGAGCGGAGGCAGAAAGCGACAGGGGAGAGGCACUACCUCGUGCUGUUCUUUGACACCAAAAGGACCUGGUAAGAAAGUAAAGAUGAGCGUUCUGCUAAAUGAUAAUUCACAUGAAUUAUCUAAGGUACUUACUGGAUAGUUGAUGUGUGUUUUGAUUCCUCCUAUUGUAUCCCAAAAACAUUCCUUACCCUAGGACACUUUAACAGGUGACUAUCCGGGAAAAUAAAGCUGGUCUAAAGCGCUUUUGGGUACACUUUUUCUCCCCUCCUAUUGUAUGUUUUUGUCAUUCUGUUGAACCCUCUUGCUGCCUUUCAGGCAAUGGCUGCCACGGGACAAGUUGCUGCCAAUGGGGAUGGAUGACACGGUGGACAAACUGCGCCUGAUGGAGGGCAAGAAGCCCAGCGUCCGCAAGUCUGUACACACGGCAUACGACCGUGCCAUGAUACACCUGAACCACGUUAUGAACCACGUCAAGGGGAACCUCAGUUUCAACCCCUCCAAUUUCAUAUGAAGGAUUUUGUCAGUCUGCAAAUCCACCACAAUCUGUCUGGUUAGGAGGGAUCAGACCAAUAACAAAGAGCUUGGGUGAGAAAAUAACGACCCUAGCUUCAGUCAUUCACCAGAAGGUGGACAUGGAAUUUGAGUGGUUUGAUAUACCUAAAUGAUGGUCUGGUUGACUCUCACCUCUUAGGGUGAACAUUAUCAUUUGGGAAAUGUGAGAGGAGUUCCUAAAAGACAUGAUAAAAUGUGAUUAUUCAUUGUGAUUAGUUUUUAAUGACUUUGCAAUGAGUCUAGUAAUAUUAUGAAGGUUGUUUUAGGCCAAGUGAAUCAAGACAUCAAAUAAAUACAUUGUAUAUUUAUCCUUAAGGGAUUUGCUAGAUUCAAAUCAUAUUCAGAUUGUAUUUGUCAUUGAAAUACCAUGCUUAUACAUAUUUUUACACAUUGUGAGGCUAUUUUUUUUCUUUUUUAUAUGAAAUGAAAAUGGUGUGCUUGUUGUAGCGAUCUGAUGGAACAUGAGGACUUUUGAAUGUCUAGUCAGGACAAUGGAGAUGCUGUUUCACCAGUCAUGUCAGCGGUCACUGCAACCACUUUUUUAACAAGGUCAAUAACUUGGCAAAAUAUUAUUUGCAAACCCUCCAAUGACUUGAAAAGCACAAUCUGUUAGUUAAAGGUUUAUAGAAUAUAUGAGCUCUGAAGCCAUAGGUAUGAAAAAUGUGAUAUAAAUAACUUGGUUAUGUGCAUGUGUAGAAGCAUAUGCACAUUCUGUAUAUAUGUAAAUGUCUGUGUUUAUAAUACACUAAGUAAUUUAAGGAAUGCAAAAAAUCUAAAUAUUAGAUUGUAAUUUAUAUCGUGUGACAAUUUGAAAGUGUUAUUUAAA